ACGCCCCAAUAAAGAACAAUUAUCAUCAAUGAAUUUUAUUGAACUUAAAGUACGUAAAAAGGAUUUAAGCUUUUACCAAAAACGCACAUAUAAUUGCAUCAAGACGCGUACAUGGUGGUGUCAAUCCUUUUUAGUUGGAGUUUCUAAAAUCAUUGUUGGCUUGCGGAACGAUAAUGGGCUUGUGGAUAGCAUUGAGGAGGUUGAAGUAAAUUCACUAAUAAAACAAGGUCAAAAUUAUUGGAGUGGCAAUAAUUGCAUUGAAUUUUUAACAUUUAUGUUGAAAUUCAUUAAGGAAAAAACGAGUGAUUUAAACUGUCCACACACUGUAGUGGAUUUUUAUUACAAUUCUGAUAAUAGACAUAUUAGUUAUAAAAAAACCGAGGGGAAGAGUCCCAGCUCAUUUUUACCUGAUUGGUAUAUAACUGCAGUAAAAAGCCAACAUACGUUUUAAACACACACAGAGUGUUAAAUUUUA